UCAGGCUGGACUGCAUGAAUUGCAUUUCAUUGGCCGCGUCCAAAACCGCCUGUUAACGUUAGACGUCUUUCUAAACAGCAAAUAGUGUAAGCCCAAAAAAUAGUGCACCGCCUGCAGAAGGCGUUUUGUGUACUACAGCAGAACGUGGUUUUAAGCUCAGCUGUUGUGUCAUCUGCACCAUUAACGUUCACAAUCUGCAGAGAUGCUGAACCGAGCGAGUGUGGCCAGCGCAUGCGUAACGUGAACACUGCAGCAGGCCUCAUUACUCACAGCUCUGGCUAUGGAGGACGUGACAGCAGACAGCAUUACUCUCCAGAUGCUUCAAGAAGCUCGGGACACAGUCACUUCCAGCCCUUUGGGAGUCAUCAGCACCCCUCUGAUCCCCUGGUGCCAGACCACUCUGCCAUCCCACUUGUCCUGUAACAUUCAUCUAAAGCUGGAGAACAUGCAGAGGACUGGGUCAUUUAAAAUCAGGGGUGUUGCAAAUCAGUUUGCCCGGCAAUCCAAAGAUGGUCAUUUUGUCACAAUGUCUGCUGGGAAUUAUGGGAAGUCCUUUGCAUAUGCCUCUAAACACUAUGGAACAAAAGGUAAAGUUGUGAUGCCUGAAACAGCCCCCAUGUCCAGAUCUCUUCUAAUACAAAGUUUUGGUAUUGAGGUUGAGCGAGUGCCAACACCGUGUCUUAUGGAUUUAGUCAAUCGAUGUGUUCAAGAGGACAACAUGACUUUUAUGCAUUCCUACAAUGACCCAGACCUCAUAGCAGGACACGCCAGUCUUGGAUUUGAGAUUCUGGAGGUGGUCCCUAAUCCAGAUGUUGUGGUAGUGUGCUGUGGUGGAGGGGGCUUACUUGCUGGAGUGGCAGCUGCCAUUAAACUGUCUGGAUGUGAAAGGACAAGAAUCUAUGGAGUGGAGCCAGAAGGAGCAUGCACCAUGUACAAAAGCUUCAUUGAGAAGAAGCCUGUCGGCAUGGACAGCAAAAGCAUUGCCUCUGGUCUUGCGCCACCGUUCGCAGGUGCUCUGCCAUAUGCAUUGUGUCAAAAGUAUGUGGAGAAGAUAGUGUUGGUGACUGAUGAAGAAAUCAAGUCUGCUGUGUCCACUCUCUAUAGAGCCGGCCUGGUUGUAGAGCCCUCAGGAUCUGCUGCUUUUGCUGCCAUUGUUAAUGACAGAAUACCUGACAUUACGGGCAAAAACAUUGUGAUCAUCCUGAGUGGAGGGAACAUUGGAAAAGAUGAGCUUAUGAACUUCCCUGAUUGAGUUAUACAGUCAUUUAGAUUAAGCUUUUGUAAUAGCGAUUCAAGUACAAUGAUUUUUAGACUUAAUUACAGUGGAUUACAAUGAUAUUGAGCUCUGUAAUCAGUUUUUGUCCAAAAUAAAAUUAUCAGGCUGUUUUCAAAUGUAAAACUCUAAAAGAGCCCACAUGCAAAAAAUGGUAUUGUUUUCAGCAUAUGCAUUACUUGACCUUUUCAAUGUUUCCUCCUGUCAUAUUGUACAAAUUAUUCCAGAAUAAUUGAACAGAAUCAUGGAAAUUUUACCCACAUUAUGCAUUGAAUCAUUUCCUAAAGUAUCAUAAUCUGAUUAUUGAUUUGGGAUCGGAAGUUCAUAGCCCUAAUAUCUUACUCUCUUUUUUGUGAAUAGAACUUAGAGCAUGAAUUUAUGGUCAUUUUAUGGACAGACUCAUAUGACCAGUAGAGCUAAAUCAAUGUCUAACUGUUAUUUUUCUAAAAUGUUCUUACAUGGAGAACACUGAAGUCAAAUAAAAGACAUUUAUUAGGACAUGCA